CCGGGUCUUUUCCAUAUUAAUAGAAAAAAAACAAAAUUACCUAAAAACCCACCACAGCAAAACCCUAAACCUCAAAGAUUUAGAAACGGAAUGCAAAAAUCCAGAGACCUCUCAGACGCAUCAGAGAUGGUUGCUCCGUUAAUAGCCGGACUUGCGGUGGCAGCGGCUGCUUAUGCGGGUAGAUACAGUCUUCAAGCUUGGCAGGCGUUUAAGGCAAGGCCACCGACGGCUAGAAUACGAAGAUUUUAUGAAGGUGGGUUUCAGCCUAUUAUGACUAAGAGAGAAGCCGCUCUGAUUCUUGGUGUAAGAGAAAGUACUCCAGCAGAAAAGAUUAAGGAAGCACAUAGGAGGGUGAUGGUAGCUAACCAUCCAGAUGCUGGUGGAAGCCAUUACCUUGCAUCAAAGAUCAAUGAAGCAAAAGAUAUGAUGCUUGGGAAAGCCAAGGGUGGUAGCUCUGCUUUUUGAAGGAGACAUUGUCAUCACAUGUCCAGAUUGUUCACUUUGUGCAAAAAAUUUAUCAUCCCAAUACGCUAGAGCGAAAGAAGAGAGAAGAGUGUCUGUUCAAAUCAUUCUUUGGGAUCCAAUAGUUGUUAGACUAUUUGGGAAAACUAUUGAUUUUUGUAUCAAUUUGUUGAAAUUGGAGUUCAUAGAUAUCCUAGUUUGACAUGAAUGCUUGGAAGAAUAACAAGUUAUGAUGAUUGUAAUGGUUUUA